GUUUGGCUACUUCCUGUUGUUUAAAGGGUCGAGCGAUGGUCUAAGCGAAUGAGCAGCAGCGGCACUUGCACACCACACGCACAUCGAUUUCGCAUGUAACUGCCUGAUAAUCCUUCGUGAUUGUUUCCUAAUAUAUAAGCCAGUGACUUCACGAUUUCUCGGACGUGCGAUUUUCGGGCUUCAAGGGCUCCUCCUCCCACCAGCCCUCGCGCUGCGCUCGAAGGCCGCACAAUUGCGAACCCGCAAUGACAGCCAACGAAUCAAGCAGCAGCGAAAGACAGGAUCGCAACCAGGCUGCACAACGGCAGCUAAAUUGCGCCCAGCCGCAGCAGCUGUACUCUGCCGAGUUGCUGCGGGCCUGCCAGCUGCUACCCAAGGUGGAGCUGCAUGCGCACCUGAACGGCUGCGUGCGACCCCAGACCAUCAAGGAAAUCCUGGAAGAGCGCUUCCGGGCGGGUGAGGCGCUUGCCGUGACAGAGCAGCAACUCAAGGAGGUGACAGUGACCGCGAGCGACCGCUCCCUGGGCAAGUGCUUCCGCCUCUUCGACAUCAUCCACGCCAUCACAACCACUCACGCCGCCAUCUCGCGGAUCGCAUGCGAGGUGGUUCGGGACUUUGCGGCGGACCGGACGGUGUAUUUGGAGCUGCGAACGACACCAAAGUCGCGUCCCGAGUACGGCAUGACCAAGGAGUCGUACAUUGAGGCCGUACUGCAAGGCGUGGAGCAGGCGCUGGAGCAGCUGAGACAGCAGCGCUCUACACAACCACCACCGCAACCGCAACAACAGCAGCAGGAGCAGGAGUCGAUGGAAAAACAAGAAGCCGCGAUGCCCUCCGCCCAGAAAGGCGCACUGGCAACAGCAUCACCUGCGGAGGCUGCGAGCGUUCCGGGGACCUCAGCCGCUGCCGCCGCUGCUGCCGCUGCCUCCUCCUACACCUCCGCCUGCUGCUGCCCUUCAGCCGCAAGCAUCGAGGAAGGCCUCAACGGCUCCGGAGGAGAAGGUGGCCCUGGCGGCUGCCUGCCGGACGUGAGUGAGGGGCAGCUGGGCGGCGGUGCGGGUAUCCUGGUGAAGCUGUUGCUCAGCAUUGACCGACGGGAGGACUCGCGGUCAGCCAUGGAGACGGUGGAGCUGGCGACUCGCUACCGGCACCGAGGUGUGGUGGGAAUCGACCUGUCGGGUAACCCCAGCGUGGGUAGCUGGGAGGUCUGGCAGCCGCCCCUCGCCGCCGCACGGGCCGCGGGGCUGAGCAUCACGUUGCACGCGGGGGAGGUGGUGGCGCCGCGGGAGACUGCGGCCAUGCUGGCCUUCCGUCCUGACCGGCUGGGGCACUGCUGCUGCUUGGACUCGGAGCUCGGGGAGCAGUUGCGGGCCUCCGCCAUCCCCUUGGAGCUGUGUCUGACCAGCAACCUGCUGACCGAGUCGGUGCCCUCCUAUCCGGAGCACCACUUCGCCGAGCUGCAUGCGGCGGGACACCCCGUGGUGCUGUGCACGGACGACUCGGGCGUGUUCGGCACCACCCUCUCCCGGGAGUAUGCCAUCGCAGCAGCCGCGUUCAACCUGCCAGUUGCGGCCUUACACCAGCUAGUACGGAAGAGCGUCGAGUACACGUUUGCGAGCGAAGAGGAGAAGCAGCGGUUGCGGGACGUGGUUGAGCGAGCGCUGGCGGCCUGCAUCUGAGAGGGAGCAAUUGUACGGCAGAAGUGAUGUAUCGUACUGUGGUGUCCUAGCUCCUAGAAUGCAAUGUCAAUGCCGCUAUCCAGGUCCCAGAGAAGCGUGUACAGGGGGUGAUGUUCUUCCGAUGGGCGGCUUAGGUCGAUCCUUAGGAAGAUUUAGAGCGGGAGGGAGUGAAGGUGGUGACUUGGGACGUCCACUUGGCGUCGGCCAGGGGGUGAGGAGCGGAG